AUGCUUGGUUUAAUUAAGCUGGCUUUGGGUAGCCCUAUCAAAUGUCCCGACGCUCUUCAUGAUGUCGAUUUUUCAAAAUGCAUAUAUACUGAUGAUCAGCGCCCCCUUGAAGAAGAAAUCCAGUCAAAACAAUGGUAUGGAUGGAUACUUCCGUUUAUGUCGUUGCUAGCAAUUAUUCUAUUUGUUCCAAAGUUUCUUUGGGAAUGUUUACAGAAGCAUUUUCCGCUUCCGGCAAGACAUUAUUGUGAUGAAGCUCAAAAAGCAAAAGAGCUGGAUUUGAUUGAGCGAAAGAACAAAAUUGCCGAAACGGCAGCACAUUUGAUAGAGAAAUGCCAAAAACGCAAAAAGUACAGUCAUAGUUGGGUGUGGUUACUCUUGUCUCUUAUCCCAGCAAUCAUCGAUUUUGUUUAUACGUGUUUGCGCGUUGGACGAUAUGAUCAUAUUCAACAAUUCAUAUCAUCGGUAACUAUAAAUGGACUCAUGAUAUUUACAUUUGUUACAAAUCAAAGUGAAGCAGUUGCGCGUGAGCUUGCCACAAAAGUGUACAAGCUUUUCAUUGAGAACAGACUUCAGGUGGGUAAGGAAUGGCAGUGUUGGGCUUAUUUCAGAAAUUUCAGUCAGAAGUUCAAGCUCUGGAAAUGGAUUACAACUCUGCUCAAUGAGGAGUGA